AUGCUGCCGGCUGCAGCGCCGCCGGGCCGGGCGGAGCGGAGCGGGGCCGGCAGCAGGGCUGCUCCCGCGGCGUGGCUGGGCUGGGGUUGGGUUGGGUUGGGCUGGGCUGGGCGGCUCGGUCCGGGCGUGCGCCGGCACCGCUCCACCUGCGCGCCGAGCCGGGCGGCGGGGGAGGCUCCCGAGCGAGGCAGGGCUUCCCCCGCCGGACGUGGCAUCACGCCGCCCGGCGCCAAUCCCGCGCAGGGCGCAGCCCCCCGCCCCGGGCCCCGGCUCCGCCCCCGCCGCCGGCGCUGCGCAGCGCCGAGCGUCGCCGCCGCCCGCCGGCCCGGGCCGGCCCCGAGCCGAGCGGAGGGCGGCACGGGUGCGGGCGCUGCGGGGCAGAGCCGGUCUCCCUGCGGGGUCUCCCUCCGUCCCGGCCCCCGGAGCAGCCCGAGGGCGAGGAGCAUCGCCGCCCCGCCUCUGCGACGGGAGGUCCCGGUGGCGGCGGCACGGACAGCCCCUGCCCGGGCAGGUUUCAAACCGGCCUUGGAGCACGGACGGCUGGGGCGCUCGGGGCGUCGAACGCUGUCCUUCGGGAAGGACGCAGUGAAAACGGGCGUUAAACCCGUCUGUGUCUGUGUCGUGGUCCAGGUGCUGAACCUGAAGACCCCGAGUUUCCCCAAAUUUGGUGGGAAAACGACCACACAGAAGACUUGACUUGAAAAAACACUUGGCCAGACCGGUGAGCAGAAAGCUUCUUAAUUGAGAGCCUGGGAAUCCCAGCGAGGUCCUGGGGAGGCUAAAAGCUCCCCUUUAAGGGCAGAUGUGGGAAGAGAGGCGAUUUUCAACUACAGAUUCUCAGCUUUGGAGUUCAGUUCCUACAGCAGCCCGCCAGCUCCUGAAACUGGUGCUCUGCAGCUCCGCCAGCCGUGUUUUAGACGGCUUCCCACAGAACUGAGGCAUCUGUGAUCACCUGUGUGUCAAGGAUUCAUGAAAGCUCUCCGCCUGCUCCCUGCACCCCCAACAUUGGCUGGUGUUUAGCAGAAGCUGGAUGUGUAUUUUGCUGAAUCAAAUCUAAUUAAGUUAUUCAGAUGAUUUACUAGAUUACACCUUACUAUCUACAGCUGCUUACUUCUUCACUGGAUCUUCCUUCAUUAGAAAUCUGGCACCUCCUCAUCCCCUCUGCACACAUUCCCCCGUGAAGCUUUUCUGACAUGUGCGGGAAGCACGUGUCAGGUUGU